AUUCGUUCACCGUUGCUGUCACAACUGGGCCGACUCAAUAUAACAGGAAAAAUAUUGUUUUAUCAAGGAGAAUAAGUCUAUAAAUAAGAGAGGGGCAUCUAUGGCGGCUGCAGUUGCUGCUGAAAAGUGAGAGUGUUACGUUUGAAUUCGGUGGACGACGCGAUUGAGUAUGGAGACCUUUAGAAUCACGAUUUUAGCCUUGACAUGGCUGAUGCACGCUUCAGUGACAACAGCCAAGACAAGCGCCGUGGUCUCGACAGCGUCGGACUCCAAACUGCACUACACCAACAAACUGCAUUCAGUUUCCUCCACACCAAAGACAACAGACUUUGACUUUGAAUCCAUCAAGUUCUUGCAAGACCAGAAACCCUACAAUCCUUCAGCGUAUUCACAAUACUUGAAACCAGUGUCUCAACCGGUCCAUCAGCAGCAGCAGGUGUAUCAACAUGUGGUUCCUGCAAAAGGUCAACUGCAACAAGUUCAGUUGCAUCCCCAAGCUCAACAACAGCUAAUACAGAUGAUCCAGAAAGCAUUAAGCCUGAGCCAACAACAUCAACAACCCACAGCCAUGAUAGUGAUCGCUCAACCAGGGUUCCUGACUACAGGACCUACUACUUCCGUGAGCAGUGCUCCUGUCACUCCAAACUCCAUUUACAGCGCUAGCGCUGCGGUCAAUACUCCAGUCGUAACAUCUCCACAGACUCAGCCUGUUUAUUAUUCUUCUAGCGCGCAAUUGAGAUCACAUCAACACCGAGUACCCCAAAACGAACCAUUCCUCCCCAUCACAGCACCACCACGUCACCCAUCAUACCAAGCACAACCUGUGGAGGAAACCCCCCAACAAAAGCACCCGGAGCAGCCCAACUACGUCGAGUACUACCCAAACCAUCCCGAGACACAGCAGCAGCCACAAACACAGCGAAAGACUCCUGCUCAGCAAUCUGAACAGUUGAGCCAUAUAGCUCAAACUGCUGCUCAGCAAUAUGGAUUGCAACUAGGAGCUGGACAUCAGUCUGGGGCUACGCCUGUGGAGUCCCUGCCACCGAUUAUUACUGGGUUGGAGAAUUUUUCUCCGGAACAGCAAGAAAAGAUCAGGGCCCAACUGAGUGAGCACUUCGGUCCACUACAGCCCCUUGCCGGCAGCAGUGCUCUUCAAACUUCAACGAGAGGCAACCCAGCGAAUUUUAAAUACACCUCCUCCAAGUACCAACCGAAAUCAGUCAACACGGAUUAUGAGAGCAGUCAAGAAGUUAAGGGAAAAAUGUGAUCAACAUUUUAAGCAUUUUAUUUAAAAAAUUAAAUAGCAUAUGAGGCCAGUUGUAGACUGAUGUUAAAUACGAAAAAAUCUUAUAUUUGUUUACGCAAAUAACUUAUAGUGCGUUUGAAAUGUAUGAUGCACAAGCUGUUUUACAAUAAAUAACUUGGGCACAUGUCUACAAAAGUGGUUUUAUAAGCUUUUUGGAGUCGUUUGGAGUUAUUUUGAAAAUGAAUCUCUCAUCAAGCUGCCAGUUACUGUAAAAUUCCGAUGCCGAUUACUGUUCUGAUGAAUGAAUGAAAAAUGAUAGUAAGUCCCUUCUAAUGUUUGUAUUUUUUUAUUGCAGUAGGACGAUAUAAUUAUUGUAAGGCACAAUAUUUCGAAAGUGUUUUGUGAUAAGAAGUUUGGUUACACUGUCUAGUAAGCUGUAUUUGUCGUUUAAAGCAGGACUUGAAAUAUUCAUUAAUGUAAAUAUUUAUUCUGUCUCGGUAUGAGAAUGCUUAGUAUUUUUAUAAGUAUCUUGUAGAAAGGAAGGUAUAUUUUGAUAUUUGAAUGUUAUUGUUCCUUGUUUUCAAUACAUUUUUUAAAAUGAAUCUAUUGUGGUUUCAUUUUCAUUUUGGCGACAACUCGGCACAUGAGGGAAAUACAUGUAUCUUCUAAACUCAAUUUUCUAAAGUUCCGC